AAAUAUACCUGCUGCAUUACUGUGAUUAUUAGACUGACCAAUCAGAGCAGAACAGACUAUUAGAAGGCGUGGUUUCGAACGGAGGCUGAAAGAAAAAAGAGCCCCGCUGCAGAGACCAUGUAAAGUGAUGUGACAACCCCCUAGCAGUGAACACACACACACACACACACACACACACACGUGUCUGGACUGAAGUGGGAAUAUGGAUCUGUCCGCUUUUAUUCUGCAGCAUGACAGAAAAUCUGCUUCUUUUCUCAGAUGAACUUCGGAGCCUUUACUCUAUUUCUAGUGCAUGGAUCCCAAACAUGGAUGCGAUGAAUGAAGACAAUGUGACCCGAGUAGACACAGACGCUUACAUUAACUGCUGCACUGUGUUGGACAUCGCGGUUGAAGGAGCUUUAUUAGAUGGUCUGGAGGACAGCACGCAGCUUGUGGGGGUUCAGGUGGUUCUCAUUUUUGCCUACAGUGCCAUCAUCCUGUUCGGUGUGAGUGGAAAUUCUUUGGUUAUUUAUGUUGUAUACAAGUUCCGCAACCUUCACACUGUCACUAAUUUCUUCAUCGCUAACCUGGCUGUAGCAGACCUGCUGGUGAAUGCACUGUGCCUGCCCUUCACCCUGAUGGCCACACUCUCAGGUGAGUGGAAGUUUGGUCAGGUGAUGUGUUACCUGUUACCGUACGCUCAGGGACUCACCGUUCAUGUGUCCACUAUUACACUCAGUGUUAUCGCACUAGAUCGCUACCGCAGUAUCGUCCACCACACUGACACCAAAAUGUCUAAAGACGUGUGUGUGGUGGUCAUCAUCAUCAGUUGGAUAUCCAGUGCUGUGCUUGCCAGCCCCUUGGCCAUCUUCCGUGAGUAUGUGACCUUUCACCUGACGCCUGAGCACAUCAUUCAGGGUUGCGUGGAGAAAUGGCCAGGCAGCAGUGCAGACGGAACCAUGUACAGUGUGGCCACAUUCCUGCUGCAGUAUGGUCUGCCCCUGUCUGUCAUCUCUUGUGCCUAUGCUUGCAUCUGGAGUAAACUUAGGAAGCACCUGAGUCCUGGAGGAGGACAUGUCGAGCGACACCGCCGCCGCCGAAAAACCACAAAGAUGCUUGCAGCCGUAGUAGCCGUGUUCGCCAUCAGUUGGCUACCGUUCCACGCCUUCCAGCUGGCUGUGGAUAUUGACAGCAGUGUAUUGGACAUGAAGGAUUUUAAGCUGCUUUACACAUUGUUCCACAUCAUCGCCAUGUGCUCCACAUUCACAAACCCCAUCCUCUAUGGAUGGAUGAACCGGAACUUCCGCCAGGCCUUCGCCACAGCUUUUAAAUGCGGUUGGCCCGAAGGCGUGUUGGGCAGAGCGCACAGCAAUGACAUGGUGAGAGACAAAACUCUCAGACACAAAUGUACCAUCAGCACUCUGACUCAGGAUAACACUCACCUGUGACAAUGGGACACGGCUGAGACAAUAACACACACCAAA